UCAUGCGGCCUCUACUGUUUUGAUUCACAGCUCGGACAGACAGGGCAGUGAUGGCGGAAAACUGGAAGUUGGGGUAACUCUUUCAAGCUGCCCUACAACUGGGGUAAAACUUCAGUGUACUAAAUAAGACAGAGGUAGUUAUCGGGAAAGCUGGCAGCUUUGUACGGUACUCGUUUCCGGCCCGAGGACAUGGAGAUCUCGGCGGAGGGAGAGGCGGAGGAGCGCAGGAGGGAGCACUGGAAGCUACUGUCCAGCCUGAAGACCACAGUGGAGGGCCUUGUGUCCACAAACAACCCCAAUGUGUGGUCACGCUAUGGUGGCCUACAGCGUCUGCACAAGGACAUGAACAACAUCUUGAGCCACGGACUGAAGAAUGAGCAGGUGUAUUACAAGCAGAGAGACUACUGGCCUUUUGUGUGGUGUGUUCGCUACAUCAGCCCUCACCUCGCCUCGCACGUCGAACAGUUCAGUCACCUGGAGCCAGUACUAAGUAGUGGGAUGAAGAAUGCUGGUGAAAGCUACAAGGCUGAGCGCUGGCUGCUCCACAGCUUACAGGUUCACAUGCUGUCGGCUCAGCUGCGACCUCUGCUCCGGCAUCUGGGACAUACACGUAAAUUCUAUAAUGAUGAUUCCUUUCUACUGAGCGAGCCCCAUGUGACUGCCAUGUUCCAGUGCCUGGAAGCUGUGGAGCAGAAUAACCCCAAACUGCUGGCCCAAGUAGACACUGUUGGGCUGUCGCCUCUGAAGGGCCCACCAUGUCUGGGCCUGUUGAAGAGCCAGAGCCUGUGCGUGUUGCCAGGGGCUGGAGGGGCUUGGAGGAGCGCUGACUCGGCUCUCAGAGGAGAAUCCCUAAAUCGCAGACUGGCCACUUCCAACUGCUCCCUCCGAGAAGCAGUCGCCACUAGCCACAACUCUGGGAACACUGUGGGGGUCGCAUCCCAAAACAGGAACAGCACAAGCACUACCUCUCCAACCAGCAGCCUGGGAGCUCCCUGGGUGUGUGUGUCCAGGCCAGGCGAUAGCGAGCGGGAUGUCACGCCCCCUCCGGGCCCCGUCUCAAUCCCUUGCAUCUCCCUCACAGAGCCCCCCUCGCCCACCUCCCUUCAGCCUGAGGCUGGGGACUCUGGGGAAGGCGACUAUGACGAUGGUCCGGAGUACCUGGCUAUUGGAAACCUUGGCCAGCGCAGUCGCCGUGACUCCCGGAGCUCUACCCACAGCAGUGAGCAGAGCGAGACCCAGGACCAGUCCCUGCAACGGGGUUCCCUGGCUCCGCCCCCACCCAGACGCUCGUCCUUCUCAGAGGGCCAAAGGGGGCCGGGCCGAGGGUCCCGAGGGCACACACGCUCCUUUUCUGACACAGGGAUCAAUCAGAAACUCAGGAACGAGUCGACAGGGGACAGCUGUAUGAAGGACUACAGCCCUUUCUCACCUCAGCGCAGUGAUGCCAGCACCUCCAGUUCCCUCUACAUGGAGUCUUAUGGUUCCCAGCACAGCAGCGUUUCAGAUGGGAUGUUCAGGAAGCCGUCAGAGGGUCAGAGCCUCAUCAGCUACCUGUCAGAGCAGGACUUUGGCAGCUGUGCGGAUCUUGAGAAGGAAAACGCUCAUUUUAGCAUUUCCGAGUCCCUGAUUGCGGCCAUCGAGCUGAUGAAGUACAACCUGCGGCGUCAGGAGGAGGAAGGCGACGAGGAGGGAGACAGCGACUGUGAAAUUCAGCAGCUCAAACAGAAGAUUCGCCUGCGGAGGCAACAGAUACGGCGAAACCGAUUGCCGCCCUGCGCAACUUCCCAUCACAUUUUCCACUCCACUGACAGUGGAAGCUCCAGGAGGAGCUCUCAGGACUCCUGCCAGGGUUUGUCUGACUCCGGCUCAGCUGAGGAGGUGGAGGAGUGCGAAAUACGAGAUGGCUGUGAGGGUCAGUCCCUGCUGGCGGUGUCUCAGAACGGCCUCUCCCUGUCACUCGCUUCCCUCUUCUCAGAUGCAGACAUAAAGCGCAGCGUGAGCUCCAGCGGCAGGUCUUUCCUCAGCUCAGAGUCCAUCUCUCCAUCCUUCCUCCAGUCUAACUCAGCUGAGUCUGUAGCCAUGGGUUUACUCAGGCAGUUUGAGGGCAUGCAGCUUCCUGCAGCCUCGGAGCUCGACUGGCUGGUCCCAGAACAUGACGCUCCACAGAAGCUGCUGCCUAUCCCAGACUCUCUGCCGAUCUCACCUGAUGAUGGCGAACACGCUGACAUCUAUAAGCUGAGGAUCCGGGUUCGAGGCAACCUGGAGUGGGCGCCACCCCGACCGCAAAUCAUCUUCAACAUUCAUCCUGCCCCCAAGAGGAAGAUAGUUGUGGCUAAACAGAACUACCGGUGCGCUGGCUGUGGCACCCGCAUCGACCCAGAUUACAUCAAGCGACUGCGCUACUGUGAAUACCUCGGGCGGUACUUCUGCCAGUGCUGCCAUGAGAACGCCCAGGCGGUGGUUCCCGGCAGAGUCCUGAGGAAGUGGGACUUCAGCAAGUACUACGUCAGCAACUUUGCCCGGGACCUGCUGAGCAAGAUCGCUGGAGACCCGCUGUUCAACCCUAAUGAUAUCAACAGUGGCCUGUACAAGAAGAUCAAAGCUCUGGAGUCCGUCAGGGUCUUGAGGGUGCAGCUGUUUCACAUGAAAAAUCUCUUCAAGACCUGUCGCUUGGCUCAAGAGGUGCGGGACCAGUUCGACAGCCUGCCAGGUCACCUGACUGAGGACCUUCACCUCUUCUCCCUUAAUGACCUCACUGCUGUGCGUAACGGUGAUCUGGCUCCCCGAAUGAAAGAGCUGCUUAAACUUGGUACCAUGCACGUAGCUGGCUGUGUGCUGUGCCAGGCGAAGGGCUUUGUGUGCGAGUUCUGCGGCAACGACAAAGACAUCAUCUUCCCAUUCCAGCUGAACAAGUGCCAGCGCUGUGAAGAGUGCCACGCGUGUUACCAUCGCAGCUGCUUCCGGACAGGUAAGGACUGUCCUCGAUGUCAUCGGCUGGCGGAGCGCAGAGAGAGGAUGGCGCGCAAAAACAUGGAGGAGCAAGAAGACGAGGGAGGUGGGACCUAGUGCCGGUAACAGAAGAAGCUUGGAGACGAAAGAAGAUGAGCACAGUGCGACUAUGAUUGUAAUGGCUUACCACCUCGCUUUCCGUUCCAGUCCUCUCACACCUGGGUGACAAUUCUGGGUGCAAACCUUUUUCAUAUGCAGGUUUUACCACAUCAGGGCAUCGGUUGGUGCGUUGGUGUCAUGUCAGUCUCCAACAGGAACAUGGCUAAUGUUGAUUCCCAGAGGCAUUUAGUGUAAGCUUAGCCUCUUUCACACGUCAUAUUUUUCUUUAUUUUUCUUUCUCUCUGCAUUUUUUGAGCAGUGCCACACCCAUCAGCACUGAAAAUCAACACUGAAUUGCUCUGCAUGAGAAACCUAAGUGUGAAUGACAAAACCCUCUGUCUCACCGGGAUAUUUUGACACUAGCCAUGUUGCAGUUACGUUAAACUUCUUGACACUUCUGUGGUAGAACUAAUAUUUGAGACUUAAGUAGAUUAGAACAAGUUUUCGCUCAGGCUAUUGUACCCAGGUUUGAUAUUCCUACAAUUGCAGCGUCUGGCAACUGCUUCAACUCUGGUGAUUUUAUUGGCUGCUGGCUUAGCUGAAGUUUGUUGUUGUGAUCUGAAAUGGCAGGAUCUAUUUAAAGAAAAAAAAAUCAAAUAGAUACUGUGUUUAAUCGAUCCUGCCCUUAACAUUGAGGUUUUUAUUUUGAUUUGAAAUUAUUGAAGAUAUUUAACUUAUCCUUUCCUUUCCCUGCUCCUUACUGUCCUGUUUUAAGAUAUUUUAGCCACGCUUAUGUGCCUCUGGGACCAACUCAGACUGGUGGAGUUACAUUGGAAAGUCGAAUUUAUAGAAGGACUUGACUUCAGAAAGGGGUUUCAGAGUCAGUGCUGCAAAUAUUUUAAAUGAAUCUGCAAAUGCUCCGUGUGUGUGUCUGUGUGUCUGUGUGUCUGUUCACACGUCUACCUGCUGUACAUGCAGCCAUGCACUGAUGGUUUGCACCAGCCUCAUCAGCACUUGCCUGUUUUCUAGCGUCGUAGCUUUUGGAAUGACGGAGAGAGGAAAGUAAAUUGCACUGAUCCUGUCUGUUGUCGUUGGAGGGGUGAGGUGGGACGUCACUUUUUGGGGAUUUUUCUAAUGUUCGUUUCUAAGAACAUGAACCUUCACCCUGAAAUGUUUCUUUCAUGAAGCUCCUGUCACUUGGGUUGCACAACAUUGUGAGUCCAAAAUAGCCACAGUUAAGUAGAUAAUAGUUAACACUCCUAAUGUGUAGCAAAAUCAUUAUCAGACUCCAUUACUCUCCUCUUGGACAGAAAUUCUUCUAAAAUUCAGAAAAAAAGUUAGAGAUCAAGUGUUUUAUUUCUUUUUUUCUUGCACUUUUAACCAUCUGGUGACCCCUCAGAUUUAUGUUGGGACCCCUUAGGUCUGGAAUCACUGGUCUGCUAUAUGUUGUAGAAACACUCUCCACUUCGCUUUCUGUGUACAAUCUCUCAUGAGAUGCUAUUUAAAGCAAUAAGUGUGAUAUUCAUGUCCCCGAGUCCUGACAGAAGUAUUCAGGAGACAAACUGCGCCAGUGUCUUUAGUAUUAACCAGGCUGCUUUGACGCUGAACUCACAGCUCCAGUGACCGAUAGCGCUCCUCCUCCACUCAGCAGACUGUUUGUCCUUGGACUGCCUUUAACACGGAGGCGUGCAGAGGUUUAAAGUGCACUACAGAUUAAAGUGUCUAUUAUUAAAAAUGUUAAUUAUUGUUAAUAUGAUGACUAUUAUUUGUGUUAAUUUGUCUUUGUUCUUUAAUUAUGUUGAUAAUAAAAGACUGGCCAGACUGUU